AUGUUAGUUGUCCUGAACUUUACCAGCCCCACGGGCAGUGGCAACAGCGACUUUCGCAAUUUGGACCCAACAAAUCAUGAGUGCAUGUUCCAGAGAACUCCACCGACUGUAACCAUAUUGCUAAUCUAUGGAUUGGCCGUUCCCACUCUGUCAUCCUUUGGGUUGUGCACCAAUUUCAUUAACUGCGUGGUCUUCAUGCGACCAAAGAUGUCGCCAUCGGCAUUUUCAUAUAUGGCGGCACUUUCGUGCUUGGAUUGCAUCUCCUGUAUGCUCAUCACACUGACAGCGCUCUCAAGAAGCUAUUUCUAUAACGAUGCCGCAUGGAUAGCUUAUGAUUAUCAGUGGCAAACGCCACUCUUUGGAAUUAGCACUGGAGCUGCCAAUCUGAUCUUGGCAGGCCUCAGCCUGGAUCGUUUAGUCUAUUUGUCGCGCUUCAAGCGCAACAAUGGUGCCCCAAGAUUCUGUCGUCGAAAGGUUGCUCGCUAUAUGAUCUGUGGUGGCUUACUCGUCUCAAUUAUUGUUAACAUGCCAUACUUUUUCGUAUUCGUCGUCGAUCUGGAUACGGCCACCUGCUAUGUCACCAAUUUGUACUACUCCAAAAUAUACGAGUGGCACAAUUGGUUCUCCUUUGCCCUGUUGGCCCUCAUACCGGCUGUGUUUCUGUUGAUGGGCAACAUUGUCACCAUUAUUGUCUUUCAUCGCUGGACCAAGCAAAGCAAAUUGUGCCAUCAAAGCGGCAACAAUGACAACGAUCGCACCACGCAAAAACGCUAUCAGCAUCAAAUGAAGCUAACAAUCAGCAUCGUUAUAGUCAUCACUUUAUAUAUGGUGGGUGAGUUGCCUGCUCACAUGACAUCGAGGAAAAGUUCAUUGAAUCUGCUCUUUGGCGGCGAUGCCAACAAAGUGAAUGUGGAGCUGAUGGAGCAACUGGAAGUUAUAUUCAUUACACUAAACGCACUCCAGCUCAGCCUCAACAUUGUGGUCUACGGUGUCAUCAAUCCUAGCUUCAUGCCAGAGUUCUUUUUAUGCAUGCGCAACACUUCCGACAUUUGCUUCAAUUUGUGCUGUUUGCCAGCGCUGUCGCGUGGCUGCCGUCGUUGUUGGUAUUGGGCACGACAGCGGGAUGAGGCAACUGCAGAGGAACGCGUGGUCAGUUGUGCAGCGCCACUUCAGUUGCCUGCGGAUGAGGCACCCAACUGUGGCUGUGAAAGCUGGAGCAGCGAUUCGGGCUGUGAAAAUGACGCCCAUUGCAGGACAGCAACGGGGACGUUUGCCUUUGUCGAUGAAUUCGACUGCCAAGAAGAUGUGCAGGAACCACAACCAGAAGUCUUCCUUACCAAGUCCAGUGCUCUCAUGCUGCCCUCCGAAUGUAUGUAUUCUCCCAACAAUUUCAUUGUAAUUACAUAGAU